AUGCUGGAGAUUGUGUCAUUGGAAGGGCUUAGACCCGGUGACGCUGUGGUUCCAGAUGCUAUACCCAGGGACGGUGCGGUUUCCUACGACGGACCCACAAAUGCUGCGUUUCCUGAUGUUGGACCCGAAUAUGCUGCAGUUCCCGAUGACGGAUACGGGGAUGCUGCGGUUCCCUAUGAUGGACUCGCUGACACUGCGGUUCCUGAUGACGGACCCCCUGACGCUGUAGUUCCCGAUGACGCACCCGCUGACGUUGUAUUUCCCGAUGAUGGACCCACUGAUGUGGCGGUUUCCGAUGACGGACCCGGGGGUGCUGCGGUUCCCGAUGACGGACCCGGUGAUGCGGCGGUUCCCGACGACGGACCCGAGGAUGCUGCGGUUCCCGACGACAGACCCGGGGAUGCUGCCGUGUUCGAUGACAAACCCGGAAAUGCUGCGGUUCUUUAUGAUGGACCCGGGGAUGCCACGGUUCUCGUUGACGGAUACGGGGAUGCCGCGGUUCCCGAUGACGGACCCGAAGAUGCUGCUGUUCCCGAUGACGGGCCCGAGGAUGCUGUGGUUUCCGAUGAUGGACCCGAGGAUGCUGUGGUUUCCGAUGAUGAACCCGAGGAUCCUGUGGUUCCCGAUGACGGAUCCGGGGAUGCUGCGGUUCCCGAUGACGGAUCCGGGGAUGCUGCGGUUCCCGAUGACGGAUCCGGGGAUGCUGUGGUUUCCGAUGACGGAUCUGGGGAUGCUGCGGUUCCCCAUAACGAACCCGGGGAUGCUGCGGUUCCAGAUGAUGGACCCGGGGAUGCUGCGGUUUCAGAUGACGGACCGGUACAUGCUGCAGUUCCCGAUGACGGAACGGCCCAUGCUGCAGUUCCCGAUGACGGACCGGCACAUGCUGUGGUUCCCAAUGAUGGACACGGAGGUUCAUCGUUUUCCAAUGACACACCCGGGAACGCUGCGAUACAUGGUUACAUACCCGGGAGUGCUGCAGUUAGCUGCGACGUACCUGAAGACGCUGCAGUUCCCGAUGACGCACCUGAAAACACUGUAGCUCUCGAUGACGUAGCUGGACACGCUGCGUUUCUCAAUGACGUAGCUAAAGACGCUGCAGUUCCCCAUGACGUAGCUAAAGACGCUGCAGUUCCCCAUGACGUAACUGACGACGCUGCAGUUCCCAAUGGCGUAGCCGGAGACGUUGUUGUGCCCGAUGACGUACCCAGGGACGCUGCAGUUCCUGAUGAGAGACCCAGAGAUGCUGCGAUUCCCACUGAUGUACUUGAAGCAGCUGCGGUUGCCGAUGACAGACCCGAAGAUACUGCGGUUCAUGUUGUUCCACAGAAAGACGCUGCCGUUCCCGACCACGGAUACGAUGCAGUUCCAAAUUAUAAAGGUGGUGAAGAGGCAGUUACUCAUCCAAGAGACGGGGACGAUGCAGUUCUCGAUCCCAGAGACGGGCACACUUAG